AAAAGUCUUAAACUCUGGUAAUUCAAAUAUUUUUUGCAAAUAAAACUACUUUGAUUCCGUACUUUAAUGUUUAUCCAAACAUCUAUUUCCACCCUCCAUAGGGUCCCAAUUCGUCUCAUGUUUAAUUUUAAUUGAUACUAUAGGAGCAUCUAAACUGGAAAAGUGGUUCUUCAGGAAUGGAGUCUGGAAUAUAGGGAAUGAUUUCAGACACGACUCCUAGUUUACAAGUAAUUCAUACAUUUUUAAACCCCUGUGCCUGAGCUCCUCUUCCAGUUGCUACUAUUUGGAGUACAGAUUUUCAGCUUUUAAAGAAUCUGGGCAUUGAAAAGUGGAUGAAGAAAUAAGUGAAAAGCAGGAAUAUUUGGGUGUUAUAGUUUUGCUGCUGGACUCUUCCCUCCCUUCCCCCACCCCAUCAGGAUGAUAUGAGACUUGAAAGAAGACGAUGCAUACAGGAGGAGAGACUUCAGCAUGCAAACCUUCAUCUGUUCGGCUUGCACCGUCAUUUUCAUUCCAUGCUGCUGGCCUUCAGAUGGCUGGACAGAUGCCCCAUUCACAUCAGUACAGUGACCGUCGCCAGCCAAACAUAAGUGACCAACAGGUUUCUGCCUUAUCUUAUUCUGACCAGAUUCAGCAACCUCUAACUAACCAGGUGAUGCCUGAUAUUGUCAUGUUACAGAGGCGGAUGCCCCAAACCUUCCGUGAUCCAGCUACUGCUCCCCUGAGAAAACUUUCUGUUGACUUGAUCAAAACAUAUAAGCAUAUUAAUGAGGUUUACUAUGCAAAAAAGAAACGAAGACAUCAGCAGGGCCAGGGGGACGAUUCUAGUCACAAGAAGGAGAGGAAGGUUUACAAUGAUGGUUAUGACGAUGAUAACUAUGAUUAUAUUGUAAAAAACGGAGAAAAGUGGAUGGAUCGUUACGAAAUUGACUCCUUGAUAGGCAAAGGUUCCUUUGGACAGGUUGUAAAGGCAUACGAUCGAGUGGAGCAAGAAUGGGUUGCCAUUAAAAUAAUAAAGAACAAGAAGGCUUUUCUGAAUCAGGCCCAGAUAGAAGUGCGACUUCUUGAGCUCAUGAACAAACAUGACACUGAAAUGAAAUACUAUAUAGUGCAUUUAAAACGCCACUUUAUGUUUCGAAACCAUCUCUGUUUAGUUUUUGAAAUGCUGUCCUACAACCUCUAUGACUUGUUGAGGAACACCAAUUUUCGAGGUGUCUCUUUGAACCUAACACGAAAGUUUGCACAGCAGAUGUGCACUGCACUGCUUUUCCUUGCGACUCCAGAACUUAGUAUCAUUCACUGUGACCUAAAACCUGAGAACAUCCUUCUUUGUAACCCCAAACGCAGUGCAAUCAAGAUUGUUGACUUUGGCAGUUCUUGUCAAUUGGGGCAGAGGAUAUACCAGUAUAUCCAGAGUCGCUUUUAUCGGUCUCCAGAGGUGCUACUGGGAAUGCCUUAUGACCUUGCUAUCGACAUGUGGUCCCUUGGGUGUAUUUUAGUUGAAAUGCACACUGGAGAACCUCUGUUCAGUGGAGCCAAUGAGGUAGAUCAGAUGAAUAAAAUUGUGGAAGUUCUGGGUAUUCCACCUGCUCAUAUUCUUGACCAAGCACCAAAAGCAAGAAAGUUCUUUGAGAAGUUGCCAGAUGGCACUUGGAACUUAAAGAAGACCAAAGAUGGAAAACGGGAGUAUAAACCACCAGCAACCCGUAAGCUUCAUAACAUCCUCGGAGUAGAAACAGGAGGGCCUGGUGGGCGUCGUGCUGGGGAAUCGGGUCACACGGUGGCUGACUACUUGAAGUUCAAAGACCUCAUCUUAAGGAUGCUUGACUAUGACCCCAAAACUCGAAUUCAACCUUACUAUGCCCUGCAGCACAGUUUUUUCAAGAAGACAGCUGACGAAGGUACAAACACAAGUAACAGUGUUUCCACGAGUCCCGCCAUGGAGCAGUCCCAGUCCUCGGGUACCACGUCCAGCACGUCGUCCAGCUCAGGGGGAUCGUCGGGGACGAGCAACAGUGGGCGAGCCAGGUCGGACCCAACGCACCAGCAUCGGCACAGCGGCGGGCACUUCACGGCCGCCGUCCAGGCCAUGGACUGUGAGACACACAGUCCCCAGGUGCGUCAGCAAUUUCCUGCUCCCCUUGCUUGGUCAGGCACUGAUGCUCCUACACAAGUCACUGUUGAAACUCAUCCCGUUCAAGAAACAACCUUUCAUGUAGCCCCUCAACAGAAUGCAUUGCAUCAUCACCACGGAAACAGUUCCCAUCACCACCACCACCACCACCACCAUCACCACCACCACCAUGGACAACAAGCCUUGGGUAACCGGACCAGGCCAAGGGUCUACAAUUCUCCAACAAAUAGCUCCUCUACCCAGGAUUCUAUGGAGGUUGGCCAUAGUCACCACUCCAUGACAUCCCUGUCCUCCUCAACUACUUCCUCCUCGACAUCUUCCUCCUCUACUGGUAAUCAAGGCAACCAGGCCUACCAGAAUCGCCCAGUGGCUGCUAAUACCUUGGACUUUGGACAGAAUGGAGCUAUGGACGUUAACUUAACCGUCUACUCCAAUCCCCGCCAAGAGACUGGCAUAGCUGGACAUCCGACAUACCAAUUUUCUGCUAAUACAGGUCCUGCACAUUACAUGACUGAAGGACAUCUGACAAUGAGGCAAGGGGCCGAUAGAGAAGAGUCCCCCAUGACAGGAGUUUGUGUGCAACAGAGUCCUGUAGCUAGCUCGUGACUAAAUUGAAACUUGAGUUUGUUUCUUGUGUGUUUUUAUAGAAGUGGUGUUUUUUUCCAAAAAACAAAGUGCAAAGCUGCUUGAAUCAGAAGGAGAUUAACACACUGAACCGCUACAAGAGGGCAAAGCUGACUUUUUUUUUUUUUUUAACUUGAAAAGAUUGCAAAGGGACAAUGAAGUUUUUAAAAGAGCCAUGUCCAAACCCAUCUUCAUGGAUAGCUCAGAGGUGUCCUCUUUUUGCCUCCCCCAUUUUAACUUGCCACAUCCCAGUCAUAGUGGGGUUUUUUGUCUUUCUAUUCCACAGACGUUAUUGUUCAGAUGUUGGUCUUGAUCAUUUGCCAACUAGUUUUAAAAUAAAAGGCACUGCACAUAAUUCGCAUAAAGGGCCCCAUGAGGGUGUUUCUUUCCCCUUUUUGUUUUUCCUUUUUCCCCCCCGUUUUUGUUUGGUUUGGUUUUGUUUUGGGUGGGGGGUGGGAAGUUUGGUUUUUGAGUCCUCUGAACACACUUGGGCGCGGAAAUGCAGUACUGUAAGGAAGAGGGACCUCCCGCUCACACCGACAUCACCUUCAGCUGUAUGGAAGGGACGGCUGUAUUGGAGUUUGUAAGGCACAGUAAGCAUGCUACGUGGCGGGAUCAGAACUCUCCUGUCUGAACCUACUGAGGAGCAAAGCAGCAAUUACCUGGGAUCCUGUGGGUCUCCCGUUGUCGAGGCCACAGUGAGAUAGUGAUGGAACGUGACUGGUCUCCUAACCAAGGUGCACUGAGAAGCAAUCAACGGGUCAGUCAUGGCCAGUCCUGGGGAGGUCUGAGUGGUGGUCUUUGGGAUAACCUUUGGCCUUAUGGAUUUGGACUCGAAAUUAGAAGAGCCUACCAUUUCAGAUGCAAUCACUUUUGGACACGCUUUUGCAGACAGUCCUUAAUGCUGAAAACACAGAGAAUGGGUAAUUCAAGAGGCCUUUCUUUUAAAAUAGACUUUUGUGACCCACUAAUUGUAAGGUAUUGCAAGGUCACUUUGCGUGUGUCAUAAAGUUGACUUCCUUAUUGGUUGAAGGUCACAGAAGUAGUGGUUUGCUUUGAUGGAAAUAGCUACAGCUGUGUCCCUUCCUGCUUUUUACUUUUUCUUUUGCUUUUUCUCGGCACGUGGUAUCUCCACCAUUUCUUCUGCACAAAGAUGUCUUCUGUUCAUCCUGAACAUUUUUAAAAAAUGCAGAAUUUUAUGUGACUGCUUUUUUGCCUCACAAUUAUGCUGUGAAUUUUACAAAAAUUUAUUUUCUUUUUUGAUAAUUUAUUGUACCAAAGCUGUUUUUAUAGCACAUAGAUGUCUGUAACCAAUAAUGUAGCAGUUCUGCACUUUGACACAAGGUGUAACUAGACCAUUUUUAAAUGUCAGUUGAAAAUUAUGGCUGUACUAUUGCUUAAACAAAACUGGAACUGUUGUUGAAUCCAUAGCCAAUACAUUUACAGCAAAUCUGUGUACUGAACAUAAUAGAUUGACAUCUAAUUCAAGAUGACAACAUCUGUUACAUUCUAAAUGUGUUCAGGCUUCUGAAGGUAAAGGGACACUGGAUCCAGAAGCUAUGGAACCAGCAGUUGAUUCUUGUAUUCCUGAUUAACCUACUUGUAGACUUGAAAGCAAGACCUUGAUUGCACCACCAGGUCCAAAAUACGAGCACGAGUGAAGCAGAACUCUCACGCAUGACCUGAAGCGAACAGGCUGGUGUCUAACAGGUGCCUAGUUUUGAGAUUAUGCUGCCUUAAUGUAACACAGUCUGGCAGUUGCUAAAUUUGUGUUCCCAUUUUUAAAUUGACCAAUUUUACGGUGUUAUACAUUUGAGCGGUUGAAUUGGGAGAAUGAAGAUAAGGAAUUUACCUGUCCAGGAUCAAAGAAGCCUAGAAAAGAAGCAGUAAUCUACCUCUGCCAAUAACCCUGUUCAAAAGAAACUCCGCAGAACACCACAUUACUUUUUAUUGGUCAGUUCCCCGGGGCUGACUAGGUCAACUUUUUCCGAACAAAAGCAGGUUUUUAUAUGUCAACAGUGACAAAAGAAAGGCUUAACACUCUGUGAAUGUGAAUGGAAACUCGGGAAUAUCCGUUUUUAUAAACCACAAAGUUUUUUGUUGUUAAUCAGGAAAUGCAUGUUUAUUUUGUAACCAAAUGUCAGGCCUGUGGAUGAUUUUGAACUUCCUAGUUCAUAAAGGUUUACAGUGAGCAAGAGGAGAUCGUCCUGAGCCCAGCAAUAUCAGGAGGAAUUCAGUAGUUGCUGCCGUUAGGAACAUGAGGUGAAGAUACAGGGGUCAGGCCAUUUUUUUCUGUGCUGGUUGCCACAUCUCAGCAAGCACCAAAAACGAAAGCAGUUUUUAAACCGCUAUUUACAUAAAGGAAAUCAUAAAAUCCAAUGCUUCUGCAUACUGUGUUAUGUUACAGUCCAGUUUUGUGUGCUUUACUACACGGUUUGGUUACAGGACUUCUGUGCAUUGUAAACAUAAACAGCAUGGAAAAGGUUAAAUACCUGUGUGCAGAUUGUAAGAUCUGGUCCGGACUUGCUGUGUAUAUUGUAACGUUAAAUGAAAAAGACUCCCCUUUGUAUUAUAGUCAUGCGGUCUUAUGUAUGAUAAACAGUUGAAUAAUUUG